AUGAAGCUGGGGACCACAAUGCAGCCCAGAUCACGAUGGUUGCUUCGGCGGACGAGUUGCCCUGCUCGCGAGCUUAGCUCGCAAGUGGGAGGAAGAAAAAUGGAUGACGCAGAGGAGCUUUCAACGCUUUCGACGCUGCGGCAGCAGAUCGAUGAGUUAAAACGCGCUCUCGAACGGGAAAAACAGAGCAGAGAAGAAGAAAGGUGUGUAGCGCACGGAGAGCGACUCAUCCAUCCAUCCAUCUGCCUGUUGCACGCCGCAGGAGGGGUCGUACUCGUGCUGAGGGUUUGCUGCGGCAGAAUGCGGAGCGGCUGCUGGCGAGGCAGGGAUACACCUUCCCGCCCAUCGGCAUCCUGCACUCGCCAUUCAGACAGGUACAGAGUGCAGUGCACAGCCGUGAGUGAUGCAGGUGCGUGCACACACGUGUGGUGUAUUGGUGCAGCGGCGGGGCACCCCGAGGCAAGGCCUGCUCGCCCCUUCCGGUGGGUACACAGACACUUGAAUCCAUGGAUCUGAUUGCGUUGUGUAUGGCAUCUGCAUGUCCGUCAGUGCGGAGUGUGCUCAAGCUGGAGCCGACAGUCAACUGGGAUGCGGCCAUGGACGGCAUGCAGGCAAGCACGACGUACACGAGAUAGAUAAGGGGACAGGGAGGCAGGCAGGCAAAUUGGCAUGUGUUGUUGUCCAGAAUUUCUCUCACGUGUGGCUGGUGUACAUAUUCCACCUCAACACCAACGUCGCCAACUUCGCCGCCACUCGACAGGCACAACGGGGAGGCGAGGUAGGUAUGAUGAACACACCCCUCGUGUGUCCGUCGAUGAGAAUGCACAUGCUAUGCUGCCUUCAGGGCGACUCCUGUGUGCCUGUGAGUGAGCCGUUCGCCGGUCUGCGAACCAAGAUCACCCCGCCACGGUGCGACGGUGCCUUCAAGGUGGGCGUCAUGGCCUGCAGGUCGCCACACAGACCCAACCCCAUCGGCCUCAGCAUCGCCAAGUCAGUCAGCGGAAAAGUCACAAUGACGCACGAACGGCAGAAGGGAAGAAUGGGUGCAUGGUGCUGCUUGCCGUCAGGUUGGUUCGUGUCGAUGUGGGGCGGAAGGAGCUCAUCCUGGAGGGAGCUGAUGUUGUCCAUGGUAGCACAUCCAUGCAGCAGCAGAAUCAUACCACCCUCUUGCCUCAUCUGCCUGGUUGUGCAGGCAGCCCCGUGAUCGACGUGAAGCCGUACGUGAGUCUGUUCGACUCGCUGCCGCACGCCAGCCACCCAUCGUGGGUGCAGGAGUCGUAUGCUGCGCCAAUGCGGCAAGUGGAGAUGACCCCACGGGCACUGAGGGAAUGGGACACACUCACAGGUCGGCGGGCGGAGCGGGGCGGCGAGGAUGAACGAAUCAACGAAAGAAAACAAGAGCAACCCGCAUCCUCCGUUGUGGUGCUAUGCUGUGGUGUGUGGGGCUGUCAGAUGAUUCGUCGGAUCUGUCACCCCACCCUUUUGACUCAUGGGAAGAUGUAAGCAACCAACACACACACACACACACACAGCAGCGCCGAGGGGCAUAGAUUGAAUUGCGCACUCACUCACUGAUCGAUCAGGUCCGUUCGUCUCUGGCCGAGGUGCUGUCGAUGGACAUUCGCUCGCCCCACCAGCGCUCAGUCGACGCGUCAACAGUGCAUCCGUCCAGGCGCCCACAGAUCAGCGCCGCGAGCGGCCAGCCAGAGGCCACUGACUACGAUGAGGUGUAUGGGUAUUUGGGUGAGGUGGUGUAUCUUCACUUUCGGGUGGUGUACGGCAUCAGGAAGGGGGCGGGGGCGGGGGUGGGUGAUACGAAUGUGACCGAGGUAGUGACGAUUGAGAGGUGGAGGGGGGAGGAACAGAGGGGCGAGGAUGACUGGAGCUGACGUGACGUAAUAUGACUUGUAGGUCACCCAAUGUGCUGUGCUGCUUUGUGGCGUGCAAAUGCCUGUAAGGAUGUCUGCCGUGUGUGACGCAACCAUGAUAUUAUCGAAUGAUGUCUUGACGAUAUGGUGUGACGUGAGCAUUCAUCUAAUUUCGCAUGCAUGGUCUGUGUACACUCGACCCACACCGACAGGCACAUGGUGGU